AUGUUGAAAACACCGCCGAACACCACGCCAUCUACGCCCGCGCAAGUUACAAAGAAUUUUUCACCGACACCUCCUUUUGUGCAAUCAUCCUCACAAAUUGUUUCUCCGUUUGGAUCGAUGAACGUAUCAGCACCUUCGCAUCUACCAGCAGAUACCUCCGAUUUUGGCAACAUCUCGGCAAUCAUCGCAAGACAAAAUUCAACAUCACCGGAGAUCCACCAGAGUCCCGUUUUUUCGGGUCCGAUGACUCCUGCCGCGAGUCCCGGCAACAUGACAGCAUUAACAAACUUUUUUUCAAACAGCGAAAACUCGAGUUAUGCAGAAAUGCAACCGGUAAUAUUUCAAUCUCCAACUCCCAAUCCUCUGUGCUUUUACGACAGCGCAUCAUAUCCCUUUGAGCAAUUACAAAUCAACCAACUUACUUACAUGUAA